GAGGAUAAUGAGACAGAAUAUUUACAUGAUUAUAUAACUUUGAACAAUUUGGAGGAUUACGAAAAAUAUUUGCAAGAUAAUGAUAAUGAUUUGACAAAUUCAGAAAAUAAUACAAAGCAGAAUACCCAAGAAUACAAACUAUUUGAGAGCCAAUCACAAUCUUUUAAAAGAUUUAAUGAAAAAUACGGGUCGUCACCACCAAAAAAACAAAGACUGCAUGAAGAUAAACGUAUAGAAUCUUAUAUGAAUAUAGAUAAUUGUAAUGAAUCAGACCAAGAGGAUCAAGAACCAAAUUCAGAUAUAGAAACUGACAAUGAUGAUAUAAUAGAGUCAAGGUUAACACCACCUUUACCUCUAAAUGAAGAGGAAUUAUCCAAUAAAGAAUUAUUAUCCAAUAAUAAAGGAUCUGAAGAACUUAAUUAUGAACUUCAAGGAAUUUCAAGUGAAUUUGAAGCUGCUGUUUGGUUAGCAAAACAUCCACGUGUACUUGAGUUAGCAUUUGAGAUGUACAAUGCAAUGUUACAAACUUUAGAAAAUUCUCAAGAAUCUUCACCAAAAUUAAAGUUUUCAUUGAAACUUGAAGCAAAAGCAUUAUUUUUAAGAACAAAAAAUAAUACUCCUGCAUUGUAUACUAAAUUAGCAUCUGCUGUAUGUGGUAUCUCCAAAGUUAACAAGCAGAUACUAGCAUUAAUUAAGAAGGUUGGUAGUUGCUUUGAUGAUUAUCAUUAUCGCCUCCUUGCAAAGCUUCGAAAGAGAGCUGAUGAAUGUUUGAAUCAAUUUGGUAAUAUUGCUCCUACUAAUGCCCAACUUCUAGACUUUAUUUCUGAGAAUAUAUGGUGUGAGAUACUUUCUCAAUUUCUUGAAGCAACAGAACAGCCUGCUCUUCGUCAUAAUAAAAGAAUAUGGAAUGCCUUGGGUAAUUUUGUUCGAGAAGCCAUUAAGAAAAUUAUUAUUUCAAAAAUAGAGGAAACUGAUAUGAAAGUAGCACUUCGUAGUUGUGAUGCAAUUACUGUUAACUUGCCAAUUCCAACUGUACUUGGUGUUGUCACUCGUUUGCUAGUUCAAGAUUUAUUAAAAUGUAAAACCG